CGCAGGACCCUUUAGGUGCCUAAACACGGAAGAUCCGGUCCCACAGAGGUUCCCGCUUCGGAAGAGUGGGAGGAGUAAGAAGCGGCAGGUUUAGGUUUUGGUUUUGACCCCAAGGGGUUCCCUCGGGCUAUUAGAAACCAAGAGAGGAACUGAAGGCACCGCGUCAAGCAGUGGCUGAGGGGGCCGAACCCCCCACCCCCUUGUCCUCCAGGCGGGAGGGGGCAGAGAGGGGAGAAGAAGCUAUCACAGGGCUGAGGAUCCUCUGGGACCGGGUUCCGGAGCUUGGCGGGCCGGACCCAGUCCCUAAGCAUGGGGAGCUGGAGCCGCAGAGGCUGCUCAGCUGGGCUAUGCCGGACUGUCAGCUCCUUGGUGAUAUCACUGCCCAGGCAGCUGCAAUGUCUGUAGCCCGGCCCAGCUUGAGGUCAUUGGUCAGAAGAUUAGCAUGAGUUCUGCCUCUGCCUAGUUUCCUCCCCCUCUUCUCUUUCCUCUCCUGCAUACCUCGUCCUUCUUUUCCUACCCCCUGCUCCUCUUUGCCCUCCCCACGCUGCCCUCCUUCUUUCCCCCUAUCUUUCGAGUCUCCCUUUUGUCCUCUUCUUUUUACACUGUUUUCCAUCUAUCCUUUCCUCUCCCUCCUGUUCUUUUCCAUCCUCCUUUCAUCCCUUUCUUUCUUCCAUCCUCCUCCUUUAUUCUGUCACCCUCCAUUACAACCUCCAUUCUCCCCUCCCUAUCAUCCGUCCUCCUUAUCGUCCUUCCCUCCGGCUCCUCUCCUGCUUUCUCCGCCCCAGCCUCCGCCCCUUAGCCCCCGCCCCCAGCUGCCUGUCCGCUGUAGCUCAGUCCCGCGGUGAGAAUGUUGGGAGUCCAUACCUAAGCACCAGGAGCUGAGCACUGUCCGCUGUGCCUGCCUGCAAGUAUCCAGACAUGGCUCAGGAGAAAAUGGAGCUGGACUCUGAGCCUGGCACAUCUGAUGGGGGCAGCCUGAGGAGAUCCAACAGCGCUCCCCUGAUCCAUGGGCCUAGUGACCUUUCACAGGUUUUUCAGCCUUACACAUUUAGAACUCGGAGGAAUAGUACAACAGUUAUGAGCCGUAACAGUCUGGUGAGUAUAGAAUUGCUGUCAUCCUCACCUAAUCGGAUUUGUAGUAGCAGACUGCAUCAAAUCAAAAGGGAAGAAGGCAUGGAUAUGAUCAAUAGAGAAACUGCCCAUGAAAGGGAAGUGCAAACAGCAAUGCAGAUAAGCCAAUCAUGGGACGAACGCUUGAGCCUGAGUGAUAGUGAUUUUGACAAGCCAGAGAAAUUAUAUUCUCCUAAAAGGAUUGACUUCAUGCCAGUUUCUCCAGCACCAUCACCCACCAGAGGAUUUGGAAAGCAAUGUUUUUCACCAUCCUUACAAAUGUUUGUGAGCAGCAGUGGGCUACCACCAAGUCCUGUUCCUAGUCCGAGACACUUUUCCAGCAGGAGUCAGAGUCCAGUCAAGUGCAUUAGGCCCAGUGCUCUUGGUCCUCUUAAGAGAAAAGGUGAAAUGGAGACCGAAAGCCAGCCCAAGAGGCUCUUCCAAGGCACUACUAAUAUGCUGUCUCCAGAGACUGCACAAUUGUCUGAUCUCAGUUCAUGUUCAGAUAUUUUGGGUGACAGUAGUGGUGGCAGUAGCAACCAUGGCUUAUCCUCAGACUCACUGGCUAAAGGCAGCACAACUGCAGAGUCUCCAGUAGCAUGCUCCAAUUCAUGCCCUCUGCUCAUCUUGGUGGAUGAUCUCUCACCCAAGUGAUUCAUCUAUUUCUGAUUCAGUGUUUUAACUGCUGUUUCCUACAUAAAGCAUUCAGUGAGGAAUGCAGAGAACUUUGAUCCAUGAUGAGGAUUAAAGUAUCACCAUUCUUUUUUGUUUGUUUGGCAUCUCUCUUCUCUAAAGUUCAAUUUUACAAAUACAGUGACCUUACUUGUGUCUCUUUUUGCUGAUCACAUUUUGGAUCUAGUGACUAAACCUCAAAUACUCAUUUUUAAUUGCAUAGAGUAUGUAUAUAUAAAUACAAAUAUAUACAUAUUUCUCAGUGCUUCAAAGAGCCCCUAUUUUAGAGUCUAUAUGUUUAAGGAAAGCCCUGAUAGGUAUUUUUGAGAAUGGUUCCUUUUUGCAGCAGUAGUAUGACAGCUAGAGUUGAUCAGAAAUUCUCUUGCUUGAGAGAUUUUUUUUUUGUCCUCUGUUGACUACAUAGUUUCAAAUCUCUUUAUUUCACAGUAGAUGAAUUGGUUUUGAUUAUAUUAUUUUUUAUUUUUCUGCAUCAGCUUAAACUACAUUAUUUUGUUUCCCUUUCCUGUUUCAGCUGCUUACUUGCCAUUUCUUACAGAGCAGAAAAAGCAUGUAGUUGCUUUUGUUACUACCCAUAUUGCUUCUUUGCUGUUGGAAUGUAUGACAUGAGGAUUGAUUUUAGUGCGGAGAAUAUAAAUGUACUUACAGGACACCUGGAGUAGUUGCCACAGGUUCUUAUGACUUAGCUACCAUAGUUGAUAUUUUUCUCUCCAAAUCUCUUACCCUAAGGAAUAUAUAAAAUAUUGUUAAUGUUUCUAGGUGGUGUUGUCAAGGAGAAGAAAUUCCUGCUUUGACCAGAUGUGUGGAGCAUCUACAAAUGAAUGAAUAAUGCUAUUUACACACAAACCACUGUCUAGAAAAGCAUAUGUGAAGCUUGACAGCUUGUUUUGCAUGGUAUUAGGAGGCCUGAGGUGCCUUGAGAUGCAGUGCUGUGCUAUAAACAUGUAUAUCAUAAGGUAGAGUAGGAAAAGGGUCCUUAUGUGACUGGUUGCCACAUACUGUCUCGAUUGCUGCUUUUUUUUUUUCUGAUUAUUGUUUUGUCAUUGGAUUCAUUGGUUUUCUCACGUGGUGGGUGAUGCUGCUGACUGUUUUGGUUGUCGUGUUGCCACUGGAAUCAGAGUUCAGUUCUUGUGCAUGCUGUCUUAUAGCAAGGGCAGCUUAAUAUCUAUGAGGAAGCUUUCCGGAGUCAAAAAAGAAACCAAUGUUAUUGUGAGUUCAGCUUUUAAGAAGGUAUUUGAUCUGUGAACAUUCUACAUGAUAAUAAGUAUGAGGUACCAGGAGUUAAUAUUUAAAGGGAAAAUCCUGGGCUAAGCUAUUUAAAAAUGAGUGCAGUCUUUUGUUGUGUUAUUUAUUAUUUAAGGCUGUGUAAAAAUGUCUGUCAUGAUAGAUUCCUCUUAAUGUUCAGAUAUCGUGGGUGGAAUGUCUGUAUUCAAUAUGUAAAUUUGCCCGCUAGGAUCAUAGUAUUCCAGUUUUGAAUGUAUGUGAGAAAUGAAGACUACUGCACUUGUCUUUCGGAGACAAAGAUCCUUGACUCUUAAAGGAAGAUGUUGCAUUUGCCAGUACUCACAAACUAGUAAUACUGUAUGGCUUGAAGGAAAAUGUAUUCUCCUUGAAUUGUAAGAGAGCAUCACUUACCUAGCCAUAAGUAGUUCUGUAAUAACAUCAGGUGUAUUGUUUAUUUUAAAUUGUAAUGACCACCAUAGUGCCCAUUAAAGUCAUAAUUUUUCAUAUUGCCUUCAGCUGUGCAAAGGCCAUACUCCUUCAAACCUAACAUAAAUGGGUAUAUUAUGAAGAUCGUUCCCUAGUAUGCCAGUUUACUACACUUGACCUUAGCUAAAAAGCCAAGAAGUGAUCCUAGUAUGCAAUUUUAAAGAAACGUUACUUUGAUGGUAUUUAGAGGAUUUAUUCUGUUUGUGAAAGGACCAUGUUGAGAUGUUUCUACCUAUAUCAUACAGAGAGAUGGUUUUAUAUUAUAGGAUACUUAUCCACCUUCAUUCUAUUGUCUUUUUGCCUUAAAGGGACACUUUUGGCCAUUUUUGGCUGUGAUUUAGAACUCUUAAGAAAUAACCUUUGGAAAGUGAUAUUUAUUUUUGAAAUUCAGUGGUGGGGUAGAAUUAGGGCAGGAAAAUGAAAUUGUUCCAAUGAUAUGAGAAGAGAACUAGCAAGCAAGAUGGUUCACUUUACUGUUUAAACCAAGGUUUGUAUUUAUUGUUUAAAUGGACUAGAAAGUUAAGUUUGUGCAGGCAUUGUUUUGAGAUAAAUGAAAGAUAGGGAUGCUAAUCUUCAGAUGAGCUUGAUUGACAGUACCCCUUUAUUUUUAUAUAAAGUUUAAUAUUUAAAAGCAAUCAUUGGUAUAAAUUAAAAUUCUCUUUCUAUUCUAUAUUAUAUCAUAUUUCAGACUGAUAUUUGAAAACAAGUACAUGAGAUGAUAUGCUAACAAAAUCCUAUAGAUGAUGCUCUUUUUGCUGAACUGAUUUAUAUAAACACUGUAUUUCAAGAUAACUGCUUUUGGAAUAAUAGGAAGUUUUGUGAAAUGCUGACUUUGUGUAUAUCUUACAAUACAAAUUUAAUAAAGUGUGUAUACAUGCAUAAAAUUCUG